UAUUUUUAAUAAACAAAAAAACUCUAACGAUCUACUAAAUGUGUUGGAACAUUCGCCUAAGCCUUCGUCUGCAAUAAAUACUGAAAGUAUAAUUGCAGAUAAAAACUAUGAAGAAAACGAUUUAAAUGAUGUGCCUAUAGAUGAUGAACUUGAUUUGGGUAAUUUAAGUUCAGGACCACGUCAGCCAAUAUUAAAGGAGUAUCCUAAGACAAAAUUUGGAAGUCAAAAUCGAGGAUUUACACCUUCUCACUUUAGUGAGUUUAAUUGGCUCGAAUAUAGUAUUAAAAAAGAUAGCGUGUUUUGUUUUCCAUGUCGUAUUUUUGGAACUGCUCGUCAAACGGAAGAAACAUUUACUAUUAUAGGAUUUAAUAACUGGAAAAAA